GUUCGCGCGCGCGAGGGUCCCGUGAAAACUCAGGUAACUUGGACUUUUUCUUUUCCGCUUCAAUGGCGACGACUGAGGAAGAAACCCAAAUGAGGACGAUAUCAGUGCUGUCAGACCAAGCAAUCCGGCAUUAUGAAGGCCUGCGCAACGAGCACGAGAAAACCAGACAAGAGUGUAAGCAGCUGAAGCAGGAGAGAGAUGAGGCCUUACAGAAGCUGCACGACUUUGAAAGAGUGUCACACAUGGUGCUCCAGGAGGUCAGCAGCAUGCAGGAGAACCUGGAGGUUGAAAAGACCUGCAGGCAGACGGUGGAGGCCCUGGCAACUAAGCUGAACAGGCAGAACCGCUCCCUAAAGAGGAAAAGUAUGAUGUACAUGGCGCAUCUAGAUGCCAACGUCAUCGCCGAAAUCAACCUGAGCGACGAGGAGGAAAAUCAUCAGGAGGAAGAGGCUGAAAUCUGUAGCUCCUCCCACUGCCAGAUUGUCAUCUCAGAGUUACGGAAUAAAUUAGAGGCAUGUCUGGAGGAGAAGAAGAAGUUAGCCUUCGAGCUAGAGACGACAAAAGAUCUGCUCCACAAAACCCGAGAGGAACUCCUGCGAGAAAAACACGAUAAUACUGUUUUGAUUGCCGAAACGCUCCAACAAAAGAAGCUCUUGGGGAAGUAUAACAGAGUGUCUCAGUAUGCAGUGGAGGAGUAUGAGGCCUUGCAGGCUGAUCUGGAGCUGGAGAAGGAUUUACGUGUAGAGGCAGAGAAUUUUGCACACAAGAUGUUAGUUGAGCAGAAGAAGCUAAAGAGACAGAGCCAGGUCAUGAUGCAGAGUGUGUCACCUUCUGAAGCUCUGGCGAAUGCUCUCAAGGAAAUAACAUCACUCACACACACCAUGGAAAAACAACGUUUGGAGCACCAAAAACAGCUGAAGCGUUUGGAGGAGGAACUACACGGCUCCGAGUUGCAGAAGCAGUUGGCUGCGUUGGAGAGGAAGACUGCUGUGCUGGAGGAAGAGCGUAAAGAGUGUAUGGAGAAAUGCUCUAAAGCGGAAACUGAGGCCAAGGACCUCCGCUUCACUGUGGAGGAACCAGAAAAGCUGCAGCAAGUGUCAAAUCCUAUACCUGGUCCACCUCCACCUCCUCCUCCUCCACCACCUCCUCCACCUCCUCCACCUCCAUCUUCAGUCUCAGCCAACCCUCUCAGCUCGCUCAUGUCAUUACUUCGUAAGAAAAAAGGCACCAAUGCUGACAUUCCUUUAGUAGAGAAAGAUGGAGCGCCAAAAGAGCCAGAGAAGGAUAUUAGACAGCAGGCUGUGUCAGAGAUGAUGGAAAGAAUUAAAAAAGGCAUUCAUCUACGGCCAGUUGUUCAGACAGGCAACAGGGCCAGACCACAACAGCAGCCGAGAGAGCGAAUACCGUCUGGAUCUGCCAUUCAGGAACUUAAAGGGAUUUUGACUUCCACGAAACGCCCCUCCCCCUGCCCCUCACCUACCGCAAGACCGUCCUCUCCGGAACAAUCUGAACUCCAGAAAGUCCUAAUGAAACGACGAGGGGUGCUGGAUACUGCCCAUGAUAACAUAUUGUCAUCCCAACCGUUUCCUAGCAGUGUUCUGGACCUGACUCGUGUGAAGGUGGCUCCGAGCAGCGCUGACAAAAAUCAUGCAACACCUAAACACACAUGAGCUCGGACCAUUAGUGUGUGAGCUACAGUAUCAAGGAUUGGAUGCUGUAUUAACCAGGGGGAAACCAAGAGCUGCCGUUCGAAACCUCACAAGUUUUACCAUCAGGAUCCAUUAAGGAAGAAAUCAGGAAAUCUGCAAAUUAUAAUUGGACUUGGAAAUGCCUUUGCUGGAACUUUUUCAACAAACAACAGAAACACUUUUAACCCGUUAUUGAUGUUUUUUAAAUCCCAUUUUGUUCUUCACACCAAAGUUCCCAGUGUUGCAUUUGCAUCAUCCCACUGUGAAUGCAUCAGAUUUUCCCCUAGUAUUAAAUGAAAGUGGUAGCUCAGAGAAUAGCACUUUGGAUCAGAAGGUCAUGAGUUUCAAUCUCAGCUUGAGCAAGGCCUUUAUGCAAGGCUUCGUCCACCACUGCAUUUCACAUAUACAACAUAACAGCACAGCGAAAUUCUGUCUUUGCGUAUCGCAGUGCAUUCGGAAGCUGCGUUCAAAGCAUAGGGUCAGUCAUAAUACAGCGCCCCUGGACCAGGAAGGGGUUAAGGGCCUUGUUUCAGGGCCCAACUGAGGCAACAUGGAGGCGCUGAGCUUGAACCCCCAACUCUGAUCAGUAACUUGGAGCUUUACUGUUAAGCUUUCACAUUCUUCAUUAGAGACUUAAAGGCAUAAUUUUGUGCGAAACGGUCCAAAAUGAAUUCCACAAUUAAUUAACAAAUGCUUUCAUGGAGGAAAAAAAAGUUUGAUUUCCGUGCCAUAUUACAUUCCAUGAAUGCACAGGUCUUUUCAUCUUUUCAUAUAUUUGAGGUCAUUUUAGCAUUUUUGUGGAUUUCUAAACAUCCCCCAGCGCAGAUGGUGCCGCAAUAUCGGCUUCACAGGUAGUGAAAUAAAAUCCAAUUUUUCCCAGAGACAUUACUCAAGGCACGUCAUGGUGCCAGUUGAGACAAAGUUAUUCACACACGCUUUGUGCGUGUGAAGAGAGUUUGGAAACGGGCAUUGGAGUUUAGCCUUGAAUGCUUGCCAAGUGUGAGGAUUUUUCAAUGGCUGUGUCUAGACCACUAUUAAUCCUGUAUACACCCAAUCAGUAAUUACAGGGCGCUGGACAUCUUUCUUCUCGUCGGUCUCUAACUCUGCUGAUUGUUGUGCUCUUGUCAACUAUGAUGUUUUCUGUUUUUUUUUCUCUCUUUUUGCUGCUGGAUUCUUGGUCAACUUUUUUAUUUUUUAUUUUAUUGGCACUUUUUUAAAAAACGCUCGCUUUUUGUUCUAUAUUUUCCGCAGCACAAUGUCUCUGGUUGAAACUUUCAAGAGUGCAGAAGUCAUUAUUUUUACCAUGAGGUUAAAAAUUUUGAACAUAAUCUCUGGGUGAAAAAAUAGAAAAAAUAUAAAUAUGUAAUAACACUAACACAAAGAUUGUUAGUUCAUCUUAUAAUUUAAUGUGCUUAAUUUUUUCUUGUCUUUCUUUCUUUUUUUUUUCCUAUACAAUCACUUUUUCUGCAUUGUCCAAGACCACACAUUAAGACAAAAAAAAAACUUUUCCUUCAAAUAGAUCAAAUGUAAAUGUGUAAUAUUAACAACGAUCUUAUCAUUUUAUUUGCUUGAUUUUUCUUUCUCCCUUCUACAUUCGUUUUUUUUCCCGUGUUGUCAAAGACCUCACUUUAACACAAAUGCAUGGUAUUUUUACGCAACAUAAACGCAGUUAAAAAUCUGAUUUACGUUUAUCGACAAUUAUAUAAGCUGUGAAACCGUCAGCCAAAAAGAUUUAGUUCAUCUUAUAAUUCACUUUAUCUUGCAUCUUAUUUCUUUCUUUUCCUAUACAUUUACUUCUACUGUGAUGUCCAAGACCACACUUCAAGACAAAACCCUUUUUUUUUAAAAUAGAUAAAAUGUAAAUGUGAAAUAUAACGUUAUUGUUAAAAGCGCUAUACAAUGAAAAAUAAAAAAAAGAACUGUCGUUUACUGUGCUUGAUAUUUUAUUUU